GAUGUAAACAGCGCCCAGCGCUGCAGAGUUUCAUUUGAACCCUGAAGAAGAAGAAGAAGAAGACAGGACACACGGAGACACACGGAGACACACGGAGACAGAGACAGGUAUUUUCCCGCCAUGGCAGAGAGCGCAGACAUGGAUCAGCUGCUGGCGUCCUUCAGGAAGUUCGCCGUCCACGGGGACACGAAGGCCUCGGGCAACGAGCUGAACGGGAAGAACUGGGCCAAGCUCUGCAAGGACUGCAAGAUCACCGACGGGAAGAACGUCUCCGGGACAGACGUGGACAUCGUCUUCUCCAAAGUCAAACAGAAGACGUCCCGCGUCAUCACCUUCGAGGAGUUCCAGCGAGCGCUGGAGGAUUUGGCCCCAAAAAGGUUCAAAGGUCAAAGCAAAGAGGACGCGCUGGCGUCCAUCUUUAAACUGGUGGACGGACGAGGACCGAGCAACGUGGGAGUCACGAAGGUGGCGAAGGCGGCGGCGUUGGAGCGCCUGACCGAUGCGUCCCGGUACACCGGGUCUCACCGGGAACGCUUCGACGAGAGCGGCCGGGGCAAAGGUCGCGAGGGCCGCGAGGACACGGUGGAGCACACCGGCUACGUUGGCGCCUACCGGGACGCCGGCACCUACGACCACAAGACCAAGCCCGAGAAAUAACCAGAACCUGCAGCAACUAGUCCGGACCAAACCCAGAGGGGGGUGUGUGUGUGUGUGUGUGUGUGUGUGUGUGUGUGUGUGUGUGUGUGUGUGUGUGUGUGUGU